AGGAAUGUGUUAUUAGGACGAAGUUCGUAUAAUAUGUAUCAACACAUGAAGCGAAGAGGAGCGCAUUCGCAUGUUUGACGCUGUGUCGGAAGGGAUUGCGUCUUCUAGAUAUUAAUAUACAUAUUCGAAAUACAGCUUUUGGCUCCACUGCUGUUAUGAACGAUGGCGGACUUCGAAACUGGAGGCGAGUUGGAUGAUUUGUGUAUUAUCGAGGACUCGGAACCUUCUCCACAGAUAGAGGAAAACUCGGCUGCAGAUCACCCAGGAGACAGAACCACUGAGGAGAGAGCGGAAACACGGACCAGUGGAGCGGAAGACAGACAGAACAGUGAAGCAGACAGUGGCAGAGAGAGUGUUGAAGAUCCUGCAGGCGAUGAUAGUGCUCAAGUGAGCAGUGACAGUCAAUCCGUCAGUAGACAGAACAGUGCUGUAGAUAGCACUCCAGAAAACGAGCCUGAUAAGGAAGAAAAGGACAGUGCUGUUGUUGAAGACACAAGUGUUCAAACUGUUGAAGACAGCAGUCAAAGUGCUGACUCAGAAAGAAGAGAAGACAGCAGUCUUGGAGAAACCAGAAGGUUCAGUGUUCCAGACGUGAGGAUACAUGCUGGUACAUCUGAGCCCGUAAGACGAUCUAGUAGCUCGAGAGUGACAGUCCGAACAACAAGCCCCCUAACCGUCCUCGUUGGUGGUUCAGAUUCCACGAGCGAAGAGAACGCAGAGCAAAACAAUCAGCCCGAAGAACAGAAGUGUGCUGCUGAGUUGAAAGCUGACGAGAACCGUCUUUCAGUCAGUGACCAACCAGCUGACGAGCUUCCUCCGGACAGUCCGUCUGGCAGAGACGAUAGUGAAGAGGUGGUCACCACCACAACGACAACUGUCCACUUCACGAACGGGUCCUUCCCAGGCUUCAGACACGGCAUUGUUGAAGUAGAGGACACUAAUAACAACAACUAUAACAACAACAGUAUCAGUAACAACCAGACAGCAGAGUCUACAGACAGCGACAUGGGGGACAACGUGAGGCUUGAGGAGAAAAUGAGGCAGUUCCAGAACGACAAUAAGAAAGAUGAGAACGAGGACACGCGGGGAACGUACAACGGCUCGGUCAUGUCGGAGGCGGAGAAACAGAGGCGUCGGAACCUCAUCUUUGACGAGGAGCGCUUCGAGGAGACCUUCCUCAAAUGUCUCAUUUGCAGAGAGGUCUAUAAUGAGGUGGACAAACUCCCCAAGAUGUUGCACUGCCACCACACGUUCUGCCUAGACUGUCUCCUCCAGAUGUACCGGGUGGAAGGAGAGUUCCGGCAGUCGCUCACCAACGUCUUCAGAGCCAUGCCGAUGACCGUCAAGAUCCAGUGCCCGACGUGUCGAGAAGGUAUCAUUAUAUCGGAGCCAGAACUCCGCAGACUACCCAACGACCACACGAUAAUGGAACUGCUGUACUUCGUAAAUCAAACUGGCAAGAAUGAGGUCCAGUACUGCACUAAACAUCAGAUGCAGCCAUUAAAUUUCUUCUGCGAGCCCUGUAUCAUGCCGGUGUGUUGUGACUGUACUGUCAUCGACCACAAAGAAUCCAAAGGACAUUUAGUAGUGAACGUGGACGAAGCGAUGAAGAAAUAUACACCUAUAGUAGAGGAGACGCUAGGUGACAUCCGAACAGAGAAGUCCUCUCUUGCCGAGAAGCGACUCGCUUUGGAGAACGCGCAAGACGAUCUCGAUCAGAUCCAGAAAGACUUGAACUAUCAGAUUCGAUCCGUGUUCGACAGCAUUCGGCAAGUUCUGGACGAGCGUGAGCGAGAACUGUACGACGUGUCCGAGUCGGAAAUCGAGAAAAAGCGCGAGAUCCUCGACGGUCACACGCGUGUGUUGAAUGAGCGAGAGUCGCAGCUCAACGCAGAGUUCAACGACCUGCAGAAGGCCCGGGACGACAGGGACAUCAGCCUGAUCUUUACGGGACACAAGUCAGCACGAGACGUCUUGUCCCAGAAGGUCAACGUGCCCACCAACUCGACAAAGGGCUUCUCCGUCACCUUCCAGUUCAGCAGCCGCGCCGACUCCGUGAUCAAACAACAGCUGGGGAACCUCGGGGACAUCAUAUUCCAGUCUUAAUGACUACGCCUGUUAAUUUGACGUUAAUAGCUAUACACUAAAUAUUUAACAAACUGUUGCUAUUUCCCGCUCGUUGUUUGGCAUAAUUAUUUUUUCUGACUAUGCCUAAAAGGUCAAUGCUGCUCCUUCAUCCUGAAUAAAAUGUCGAAACACUAACCACGGAAAAGAACAACAACUUAAAACAAAACUACAGGUUUAGUCAGACAAGAGCCUUUGAGUAGAUCUGAAUCCCUUUUGAUGAGAAAUAGUGAGCUGAUACCGAUUCAGUUGAUAGGCGCUUACCUAUGAUUAUUUAAUCGUUAAUGUUAUCGUUAGUUAAGGUCUACAUACAGGGUAUCCAAACUAUUUAGUGACUCAGUACGCAAUGUUGUUUCUGUAAACUUUGAUAGAAUGAAGUUAUACUGGCAAACUACUACAUAUUCUAAUACGCAAUCAUGGUGUCCUGACUCCACUACAUUUCUCAUAUUCCACGUUCAAAUUCCUAUAGAUUUAUUUAUGAUAAGCAACUUACGAACAAGGCUGUAACUUGUCUAUCAUAAAUGUGUUUGCUAAACAAAACAGUGAGAUCUCAGUCAUAUUUCAACUUUCUUUUUGUGCGGAUGGGUUUCAACUUUUUAAAGCUGCGUGUGACUGGUGAGGAGUGAUCGCUUCUAAAUGCGUGUUUUGACCAUCUGAUCCUGGAGUAAGUCAAGAGAAGGAGGGUUUGUCUCAAAAACAAUCCAUUUGAAGUCGAUCUAGAUAUUGUGUAUAAAAAGUAUUUAAAAGUCUGUUUUUGUCAGGAAAGGAAAAACGUGUAGGCCAACAUGGAGGAAUACUGCAAGCUGGAAGCAAUAAGCCUGAGCCAUCGAAUCCACCAUUGGAAGUGUUUUAUGUGGGCUACAUAAUAUGUAGCCUAAAUAAAGUCACUCUCCAUUAUUAGAUCUUUUUUCUUCAAUGACGAUAUUUUUGUUGUUGGGCACAAUCUAUCAUGUUUAAAACAGUAGACCAUAGAACCUACAUGACAAUAUAGUGGAAGAAUCCACGUAUAUUAUGUAGGGGGAUGGGGGGCUUACUCCCAUGUCACAAUUGAAGGAAAGACCCCCACCCCCCUCAAACUAAUUUCUGGACCAAACGGAAAGAGAAACUUUGAGAAGUUCAUAGUGUGUUCGAAAAAAAUCCGUUCACUUGUUUUUGGAUGUGGGAGAAGAAAUGCGAGAGCAAUCUGGGAAACCAAAAGCCCUCUAAUAGUAUACUGGAUAAUAUUUCCAACACUAAACUUGUGUACGAAAUAUUAAAGAUCUUUGCGGACACGAACAUGCACUGGUCAUUGGUAAAACCCCUAACUUGUGUGUAUCUCGUCCAGUUCAGUUGGACGUUGUCUCUAUGUUCUGAAUUGGGUGGAGGAACACAACUACUUUUACAUUUUAAUACAUUUACAAGAAGACAGGCAUUUUGCUGUACAUUGUAUUUUAUUACAAUAUUUUGUAGGGCCUCAUUUUGUCAUGGUUUCAGUAUGUACAUAUUUAACACGUAUCUCUUAGUCUCAUUAUCGGUUACCUACUUAACAGGUAUGUCUGAUAUCGUGUUGUUUUGAUUUCUAAAGAACUGUGUUGUAGUUGUAUUUAUUGUUGUUUGGUACUGCUGUUGUUGUUAUAUUGCUUCAUAUUUUUGUAUCAGGUGUAAAACUUGUCUAUUCGAACAAAUCGAAUUUGAAAGAUCCAUUAGCACAUCAAUUGCUUUUC